CUUGACAGUGUGCAGCAGCAGAGAACAGCAGAGGCAGGCUGUCGGAGAGCCAUCAGGGGAUUAUUCAGAGACCUGCUGCUGGAGCAGAGCAUCACACAGACAGUGAUUACCAGACGACUGAGUGCAUGGUCUGAUGAGUACCUUGUCUGCCGGCUCAGAGAUGCAGACUCCCGCUCUCGGCCCCCAGUUCACAGCGGGGCCCCCGGGUAAGGUACCUGGCAGGAAGAGAGGACGGCCCCCGAUCCGUAAACUGGAGUUCCAGAGUCACUACGCUGAGCCUCUGUCGCCUCUGAAGGUUCCGAAGAAGAGAGGCAGGAAACCUGGCUUUAAGCUGAAGCCCAGGAUGGUGAUGUCCCCUCUAGCUAGCUCUCCUCCCAGCAGCACACCAGGACCCGAGAUGGGCUCCAUCCCACAGGACGCUGCUAAUGUCCCCCACUCUGCCACACCACAAGCCCUAACAGCAGAGACAUCAAUGCCUGACGACUUCCUAUGUGACCCACCAGUGGACUCCAAGCGCUACGCCGUAGACCCCAGCGACUCUGCCUUCAAUGUCAUGACGUCACAGUACCCGCCAAAGCACUCCUAUGGUUACCGUGGCAGCAGUUGCUCUACCCUGAUGGGCUUGUGCAGACAAGCAUCGAGUCCAGGAAGCUUCCAGGAAGUAAACAGGAAUGCUUACAGUCCAAUGCCAGACUCUGGAGACUGCAAGCGUCCUGCUGGUAAGAACCCGUCCAGCUGGAAUGUUGAGGAGGUGGUUUGGUUCAUCAAAGAUGCUGACCCCCAAGCCCUGGGACCCCACGCUGAUGCCUUCAGGAAGCAUGAGAUAGACGGAGACGCUCUGCUCUUGCUGAAAAGUGAGAUGAUGAUGAAGUAUCUGGGACUGAAGCUGGGGCCUGCACUUAAACUCUGUUACCACAUCGAAAGGCUUAAACAGAACCGGUUGUGAUUUGAUGCAGAGGAGCCAAACCCCUGAUCACCUUUCACUAAAACUGUAUCACUGCUGAUUCUCCGAAACGUUUUCAGCCAUCAGCAAUACAUCAUGAACUCCUUUGGAUCCUGAUUUAGUUGACAAAUUGGAUACAUUGACUGUACAUUAUAAGACUAUUUGCAGCUGAAACAAUUAUUUCAUUUUUAUCAUUGUCUACUGGGUAUCUGAAUGGCUUUAGAUUUGUAAAUAGUUUAACUCCAGGAAGAUGGCAGCUACUGUAUAUUGAAAUGUGACCUGUCCACUCUUCAAUCUUAAUCAUGGACACUGUACCAACACCUCUGAAGACCUGCAGAGACGAGGAGCUUGACAAACAUGUAUGGUGCUUUAGCUUUCAUAUUUAAACUUAAAGAAGUCUUUGUGUUAAAGCACAAUGCUGCUGACGUUUUUAAAUAAUGGUUUUGUUAGUUAGUUUUGUUGUAAAUUGAUGACAAUGUUGACCCAGGUAUCACUCCUCGAAACAAACUAUAACUUAUUGCCGUUCUCUCAAACUCUUAAGCAAGUAAUGAAACCAUUUAAGUUAUGUUGCAAUACUGAUGACAUGGAAUUGCAUCAAAGACAAGUGAUGUAUGAAAGAAGUGUAACAAAGGUAUUUGCUAAGACGUUUUUGUUGUUGCCGCAAACCACAGCACAGUACAACAGUGUUGCACCAAUCAGAGUCGCAUACAAUCAUGCAGCGCUGAUAGCAACAGGAAGGAAAGCAGACAGAGACUCACAUUGUUGGUUUUUUUACCGUGUUCUCAUGAUUUGUACAUCCUGUUACACUGAAGUGCUGUGAGAGAAAGCAACUUCUAGCAAACUCAUACAGUGCAAUUUGGUGCUCACUGAAACCGUUACUGCCACUACAAACCAAACACUUAACAAUGCUAUCACUCUCUUACACUUCACCACUAUGGCUGUGUGACUUCAUAACAGAUAGUUUACAUUCUUCUCAUGCAAUAGCUCUUCAGUUAUUUUGAUUAUAAAUGCAUUUUUGGCUCAGUCAAAUGAUGAUACUGUAUUUCAUCUACAAGCUGUUGAAAGUGAAAAAUCAUUAAGGGAAAUAUAUUGAGCAUUAAUCUUUACAUUUUUGGCAGCCACCAAAUACAGUUUUGUUAUAUCGAAUUGUACAAACAACAACUUGUAUACACAUUUAUAAUCCGUCACAUGCAGUAAAUGACGAACUUGUACAACUUGUGGUUAAAUACAAUGUUUUUUUCUAACUGUACAGUUCACUUUAAGCUUUUGUGUUUUAUGUGUUUUGCUUAAAUUUGUUAUUGUCAGCGUGCAACAUUUAUGUAAAUACAGCAUGUACGUCUACGUAUGAAUUAUGUAUUUCCUAUCUUUCUUGAGCCCAAGGGAGCUUUAACCAUUAAACUUUCACAUUUCCAUUUCCAAUUAGACAACUUCAUUGAAGUGAUUUGUAAGAAAUUAUGUUAGUGUGUUGCACAGGAGCCCUUCCCCCCAAUCUAGAAAUUUCUAAAUGUUUUCCAAAACUUUUUUCUCAGACUUGUGACCCAUAUGAAAUCAAUUUCGACUCCCUAUGACCUUCCUUUUAUCUUCAAUAUGUUUUUAAAAGAACACUUUUUCCAGUAAAAAAAAUAAACUUUCUUAUUCAAUGAA